AGAUUCCUAAAUUUCUUGUUUCCCCCAAUAUUUCUCAAACUUAUAUAUACAACUUCAUCCACUUACCUUGUUCUUAUCCUUCACAAACCAACUAUUUACCUCAAAACAAACAAACACUGUUAUAAAAUUCUCCUUCUUCUUCUCUCUUUGUCUCUGAAUUCUGAUCAUCAUCAUCAUGGAUUACAGAAAGCUAGAACUCAACAUCAUAUCUGCGAAAGAUCUCAAAGAUGUUAAUCUCUUCUCUAAGAUGGAUGUCUACGCUGUUGUCUCCGUCUCCGGCGAUCCGCUUCAUCCUCAGACCGCCACCACCCAUGUCCACAAAGACUCCGGCACCUCCCCGACAUGGAACUUCCCGGUGAAAUUCGUCGUCAACGAAACGCUCGCCCAGCAGAAUCGUCUCUCUCUCGAGGUCAAGCUCCUCUCCGACCGUACCCUCGCCGGAGAUACUGUCAUCGGCACCGUCCAUAUCCCGAUCAAGGAGCUUCUCGACAACCCCGGCGGUGGCGGAGGCGGGGACUCGUUCCGGCAAGUUAGUUACCAGGUGAAGAGGUCAUCAGGGAAGGCUAAGGGAACGUUCAACUUCUCCUACAAAUUCGGCGAAAAGGUCGACGCUCCGGCGACCAAGGCGGGGAAGACACAUGAGCCGGUGAUGGCUUAUCCACCUCCGGUGGCUGGAUCUAGCUCGGUGCCGUACGGGACGCCGCAAGCUCCGGGAUAUGGCUACCCGCCUCCGGCGUACGGUGCUCAGCCGGGUCACGGUUACCCACCGCAACAGCCGGGUUAUGGUUAUCCACCGCAGCAAGCGGGUUAUGGAUACCCACCUCAACAACCGGGUUACGGUUACCCGCCUCAGCAAGCGGGUUAUGGUUACCCGCCUCAGCAAGCGGGUUAUGGGUACCCGCCUCAGCAAGCGGGUCAGAAACCGAAGAAGAACAAACUCGGAAUGGGAUUGGGAGCAGGGUUGCUUGGUGGUGCGUUGGGAGGGAUGAUUCUUGGAGACAUGGUGUCUGAUGCUGGUGAUUAUGAUGCUGGAUUUGAUGAUGGUGGUGGUUUUGAUUUUUAAUUUCUUUGGUUUGAUUUUUACUGUUGUUUUAUUUUGGCCUGUUUGAUCCUUUUGGUGUUUGGAGUUAAUCUCUGACUGAAUGUUUAUAUAACAUAUUAAUGAAACACUCAUAUGCUAGUUUGUGACAA